UGUACCAACUCUUCAGUUAAGAAGGGUAUCUCUUGUGAAGCCUCUUUGUGGUACCAGUAGGCAUUGCUAGGUUAUAUAUAGUAAACGCCAUCUCUUGAGCUUGUGAGCAAAUGUUACCUUCGGAUCAGUCGUCAACGGUUUUCCAUUAGUCGUACUGAAAGUUUGAACACAUUUAUGGCGUCGUUUGGUUGACGCCUUGAUAGCGUCUUUCCAAAAAUGGUGAAUAAAUUGUGCUUCGUCGAUGGUUGUCAAACUCGAAGUGAUCAAGAAAAUGGCCCUGCCACAUUCUUUCGUCCACCUAAGGAUUCUUUCGACGAAUGGAAAAAGAUUUUUCCAGAGAAAACACUUUUGCAAACUUCCCGUCUAUGCUGGAAGCAUUUUGCUGAGGAAGACAUCGUUAAGGGGAAAAUGAUUGGACAAGAAUUUGUCCACCAGGAACGAAGACGCCUUAAAAAGGAGCUAAGCCAACACUUCUUCUAGGUAUGUGGGUAUUGUGUUGUCCUUUAUUGUGUGAUCAUACAGUACUUGAAAUAUUUUUUUUUCCAAACAAGAAAGAUAAUAACAUUAAUUUUGAAAUGCCAUCUUAUUGCCAUUGGCCGUAGCGAAUGCCGAUAGGGAUGGAUCCACUGUUUUGGACUUAGAAUAUUUUUCAAGUGGGUUUUUCAUUUAGUUCAAGAUCGGCCACCAGGCGUCUCUGACGAUAGAUAACCUUGUACCACGAAGAGGCUUCAGCUGAGAUACCCUUCUUAACUGAAGAGUUGGUACACCUCCCUUUUACACCAUGCUUUCGGCAAACAUUUUAAUCCGUGUGAUCUAAGCUGAAAAUCUGUGAUUUCCAUUGUUUGGUACCACUGUCUCUGGAAACAUUACGGAAUCCCUUCCCUACGACUAGCACCGUGAGUACCUGCCACCUGACGGAACUUUAUUGAAACCACAUUUAUCUCCAAAACAAAGAAACAUUCCACCGCAGCGUUUUGAACGUGCAAAAUGUACAGUGGGAAAAUGAACUUCUCCAACCGAAGUUUUAUUUCCCUCUUCUUUGUGUGUCCCACUUUUGCAACGAAACCCUUUGGUAAUUUUACCAGGGGAAAAACUCCUUGGGCCAAAGCCAAAUCAGACGUCGUGAUGGGACAGUUAUGUUCCGGACACUGUCACACCAGUGCUAUUCAAGAAUGGACCAAAAUGUGUCUACCAAACUAAUCACAGCAGUAGGCGAUGCGCCAAGUUUCAUCCAUCCGGAUCGUGCUCGUCCUCAUCCGGUCGCUGUGGUCAAGUUUCGUCGGGGUGACGUUCAACUGGCCAUGACGUUCAGGAAGAAAAGAAUAAAAAAGUUUGUGGAGAAAUAAGGUCCGCCGAAAAUCAUCGACGUGAACGGAAUAAAUUGUUGCUAUUGAAUUUGCGGUGCUGCAGCGCGCUCUGAAGACUGGGCGGCAAAAAACAUGGCGCUGCUAACGCGCUUCAUCCGCCUUCCGGAUCGUGCCAACACGCACGUGUUCACGUUCGUUGUGACGCGUUCGGUCACGCGGGACCUGCAUCGCGACGUGACUUCUAAAGAGUUCAGCUACGGCUACCACAGGUGGGCGAUAACAUUCUCGCGGGCCGGCAAAGUUCUCGGCGUCUACCUCGUCUGGCGCAACCCGUCCGAGGGGAUGCGAGUGUACAUCGAUUUUUCGUUCACGUUGCUCAAUCGGGAGCAUUUCAGCUCCAAUGAGACGUUCAGUGGUCGGCAGAUCAAGUUCACGUUCGAUUCGCCGGCCCAAGGCAACCGGCGCUAUAUCCCCGUCGACGACCUGUACGAGCGCAAUUUCACGGAUGCCAAUGGCGAGUUUCAGCUCGAAUUGACGGUGGCCAAUCCGCGAACUCUUUACGAAACGGAUCUGAGACUUCCGCUGGGCUCGCCCGGCUCGUCUUCGUCGUCAACGACUUCGUUGGCAACAGGCGGCGGUCAUCAGCGUUCCGCUUCGCCUCUGCCUUCGCACCAUCAACACCAACAACAUCACCACCAUCACCUCGGCGGAAGCACGGGCAACCUGUCGACGUUGGUCCAGCAACAGAAUCACGUUUCCCACCACAACAGUGGUCAUCAUGGCUCUCUUCAUCUUCACGGCCAUCACCACAACGCGACGCAGUUGCCGAAAACGAUGAAAAUGGAGACGACGUAUUUUGCGUUUGGCGGAUUCGAUUGGAACUUGUCGGUCGUGAUGGAGCCUUAUUCGGUGACUGCCGCCACAUCUGCAGCUGGUCUCACGCUCAACCUGGCCGCUCAACUGGCCGGCAACCCCGAUAGAGAAAGCCCAUCGCACAGAAGCAGAAACUGUCAAUUGUUGGCCGGUGGCGUUGAUCCAGUUCCGGCUUCUAUAGCGGGAGUCUUGAGUGAUCACGUGGGCAAUGGAACGCUGGCCCUUCGUUUGAGGCGAUUGACGGGCGUCGACCAUCGCAGUCGGUCACGCUACUACAUUUCGGUGGGCGAGGGUGACCGACGGCUCUCUUCCGGGCUCAUGGACGAUAUAUCCGAUGCUGAAGGAGCCGGAUCUGUUUGGUGUCCUCGAGUGCGGUUGCAGGACGUUGCACCUAAAGGAGUGCUCCGACUCAUGGUCGAACUUGUUUCUGCCAACACUCUCAGCGAUGCGCUCAUCACGUUGGCGCCCAACAAUCAAGUGACAGGCACUCCAGGCGGAAUCGGGGGCCUGUCGGCCGGUACCUGCUACGACCGCGAUAAACAAGCCUGGUCUUUCGAAGCAGACACUCAUUCGGAAAAUGCCACCCUGAGAGUUCGCGUUGUCUACCGCGACGUCCGCAACGUGCCGCGCAAUCAUAUCAGGUACGUGAGUUGGCAGGCGGCCAUGCUCCGACCGAACAAUAAAGUCAGCCAGUGUGACGCUGUACCGUUCUCCAGCACGCACUACUCCAACUACUACGUUCAAGAGGAGGCUGAUGACGGCGUCGUCAUGGAAUCUUCAGUGCCCGUAAAAGACUUAUUGAAGGUGGCCAACGGUUACGUCAACGACAAGCAGCAGCUUCGAGUCCAGGUAGAGUGGGACGAGACACUCCUGUUGUUCCAAGCAACCUAUCACAAGUACGACGAUGUUGGACGCAUUCACAACUACCAAAUGAGGAAAGAAAUAACCGCAUUGCAAUCGGAAAACUACAGUUUGGAGAGGCAACUUUUUAGUUACCAGCGAAGCCUGGCCAUGGCCCAGGCUCGCAAUGGUGUUCAGCCGCAAGGUCCGUCCGACGACAACACGCCUUCGUCGUCGGCCAACGGCGAGUAUCCGCCGCAUCGGGACCAUUCGCAUUCACGCGAUUUUUUCGCCCGCCGUGAGGAGUCGUCUGACACGGAAUACGCGUAAAUGACGUUCACUCGUUGUCCUUUACUAUAUCAUUUCCGCUUUUGGUUUUCCUCCAUUUGCAUCACUCGCCAUUUUUAAUAGUUCAAGUCUGACACCUAAACUGCUGCCCGGUGUGUUUGUACUUGCCACCGCACGGUUAAUGCGGUUAAUGCAUUUUUUUCUCUCUUUUCCAUCUCUGUCGAACUUUUUUCUCGUUUCGUUCCAUUUCAUUGACGCGGUAUAGAACUCGUUUCAUCUUGUUUAAUCAUAUCAACGAAACGAGGAGUUAAAAAAAAAAAAAAAAGUGGGAGGAAAAAGAAAAGUUCUAUUUAUGUAAAUGUGUGCGUGCUGCACAUGUCAAAGGGCACACGUUUAAACUUUUUUGAUGUCACUUUUAUUCUAUUGGACAAAAAAAAUGCAAAUGACUUUCAUUUUCAUGAUGCGAAGAAAAAAAAUACGUUUUUUCUUUUUACGGUUUUCUGCGCUAUGACGAAGUUUAACUUUGAUCGUCGUUUCAAGUCUAUUCUAUCCUCUUUUCUAGUUCCUAAAUAACAUCACAAUCUUUUUUUUUGUGUCUUAUAUUUCGUCAGUUUGUUAUUUUUUUUUAAUUUGUUCUUAUUGUUAUUCACCAUUCAUCUUCUUAGGUCCACGGCCUUUUACGCUCUUUUUUACAUUUACAUUUUACAUAACGUGAAGAUAUAACGGCAAUGUAACAUUCUUCUUAUAUAGGGGAGCAUUUCAUAACAUACCUAUGUGUUGAAUCCAACUACCAAAACAUCAUUUUUUUAAACUCUUCCUACACACACACACAUUACAAAAACAAAAAAGAAAUCCCGCGUCGUGCCGAUGCAGUUUAUUUCCUCUCGUCCCGCGUGAAAGACGAAAAACCAAUACUAUCUUUCGAUAUAAAUACAAGAAACGUUUCAAUCUU